AUGGAGAUGGAGGAAGGGAAAGAAAAGCUCUUGGACUCCACCGAGUCCACUGGUAUGUCUGCUGGUGAUCGGGAAUUCUAUGGAUCCUUUGGCAGCAGCAGCAAAGAUGACGACGAAAGCAGCGGCAUCUAUCGGAGGAGCAGUAGUGGGUAUGAUCUUGGAGGAGUGUUGAGACGAUCCAUGCGCAAAGUGAACCCUGCGAAUAUCAUGUUGAGGGUGAAACCACCCGUGCUGUUGCGUCACGAGUCUCUCGCGGAUCAGUUUGCCAUGGCUCCCACCGAACUUGCUGAACGGAUGCAAUUGAUAAUUGAUCCGUGUUUGGAGGAAGGCCAGAGGGGACAGUUGUAUUACGGUGAGGAAGCCUAUUACAAUCCAGAAGUGGACCCGACAUAUGCCUUGACAGUCCCUCCCAAGUUGUACCAACAAGUCCUACACGAAAUCGUAGAAGCACGUCAAGUGCCUUGUGGACUCUACUUUUGCUGCCACGGUGGUGACGGAGCUCACACUGGUGUCAGUCAUGAUGACUAUGUCGACAUUCGUAUUGCAUGGGUAUUGAUGGGUAGUUUUCUCCUAGUGAUUUUGUAUUUAGGAUAG